AGUCCACAGAAUCGAAUAAGGCAAUACAUAAUAUUAAUAAGUAUAUUGAGGAGAAUACAAUUAAAGAGAAUAUAUUUGAAGAGAAUACACCUGAGGAGGAUUUAUUUGAAGAGAAUACACCUGAGGAGAAUAUAUUUGAAGAGAAUACACCUGAGGAGGAUUUAUUUGAAGAGAAUACACCUGAGGAGGAUAUAUUUGAAGAGAAUACACCCGAAGAGAACACGCCUGAAGAGAAUACACUUGAAGAGAAUACACUUGAGGAGAAUACACUUGAGGAGAAUACACUUGAGGAGAAUACACUUGAGGAGAAUACACCUGAAGAGAAUACACCUGAAGAGAAUACAUUUGAGGAGAAUACAAUUGAAGAUAAUGCAGUUAAAGAAGAUACAACUAAUUCAUCUCUUGAAACGCCACUAACAGAGGACGAAAAGAUCAACAUAAAAUAUUGUCAAGAGAAAAUAUGUAAAUUCUUGUUUCCACAUUUUCACCCAGAACAAGAGACUCGUGCCAAUAUUCAUACUCGCCUUUACACACAGCUAGCACGAUCACUAAAUCGUACAUUAGUCCUAGUAAACGUUGGAAAUUCUAGAGUUAGAGCGUGUUCUCUAUAUCGGUUCGAUUUUUAUUAUGAUAUAAAAGCAUUCCAAAAACGUUAUCCAGACAUUCGAUUUAUAACACAAGAUAAAUUUUUUGAAUGGACAAAAGAAAGAAAAAUCCGACCAAUUGCGCAACAUUCAUGGAUGAUUCAAGACGGUAGAAAUGAUUCUUUAAGUGUUCGAGAAAAAAAGACUAUGGGUGUCGAUGAAGGAGUUAAAUUUGGAAGCAAACGAAUAAAAUCUUUUUGCUUAGAUGUAUUUGAUCUAAACAUAACGAAUUAUAAAGAAUUUCAUACAGGGAUUGGAAAAUUGGACUGUGAAGUAAUGUUGAACUUUGUUACGAACACUCUAAAAACUCCAGAAUAUGAAGUAAUCAUGAUAUUAAAUAAGUCACCUAAAGAAAUGUUUCCACAAAUCACUAAAGCAAUUCCAUAUUCACCUUAUAUUAUUAAAGAAUCUAAGAAAAUUAUAAAGAAAUUAAAGCCUUAUAUAGCUAUUCAUUGGAGAAUGGAACAGGCUCAACCAGAAUUAAUGCCAGAAUGUGCCAGAAGAUUAGUUAAAACAUUAAAAGACGUUCAAAAACAAUACGGAAUCAAGAAUGUAUAUUUUGCAACAGAUUUUCCACUUAAUGGCGGUAAGCCUCAAUCACAAACGUUUUAUGUAAUUUCUAACUUUCAUAAAGAAGCUAUUAAAAUACUUGGACUAAAUGAUAGUUCUGUAAAUAGUUUCGAUAGUUCUGAUCAUAUAACAUUCAAUACAUGGGUUUCAAUGGGCGCAUUUUCACAAAUUAGAGACGACCCAAAAUACGAAUCAGAAUUUAAAGGAUCUGGUAUACACGGAAUACUUGAUAAAUUAGUUUGCAUCAAUGCAAAAUAUUUCUUAAAGGGUCCAGGAGGUUGUGCUAGGACAACAAGUACUUUUACAAGAAUUGUUGUUGAGGAAAGAGAAAAGGUGAAGAGCAAAUAUGGUUUGAUUAAUUCUGUUUCCUUAUGGUAA